CUCUCCCGAGCAAGUUCUCACCGUCUCGGGUUCAGACCCAGAAAGAGAACCAGGAGCGAAGCUCACCAGAUCCCGGCGGGCAGGACUCCGGGGCUGCGGAGCGCUCCCGCCUGUGGGGCGCUUGGAGUCCCUGCGGCUAGAGACGCCUCAGGACUCCAGUUCGCCAAGGGUGCCAGUGGGCUCCAGUGUCUCUGGUUCCUAGAGUCCAGCACAGCGAGCCUCAGAGACGCGCUCAGCCGGGGGACCGCGGCAGAACAAGAUCAAUAAUUGAAACCAUUGCCGCUACCAGCUACAGAAAUGGGCAGCAAAACCUUGCCAGCACCGGUGCCCAUCCACCCGUCCCUGCAGCUCACCAAUUACUCUUUCCUUCAGGCAGUGAAUGGCCUGCCCACAGUCCCUUCGGACCAUCUGCCCAACCUGUACGGCUUCAGUGCUCUGCACGCCGUACAUCUGCACCAAUGGACCCUGGGCUACCCAGCCAUGCACUUGCCACGUUCCUCUUUUUCUAAAGUGCCAGGUGCAGUGUCCAGCCUGAUGGAUGCUCGCUUCCAGCUGCCGGCCUUUCCCUGGUUUCCUCACGUCAUCCACCCAAAGCCAGAGAUCACCGCGGGAGGCAGCGGUGUGGCGCUUAAGACCAAGCCGCGCUUUGAUUUCGCUAACCUGGCCUUGGCUGCCACACAAGAAGAUCCCUCCAAGCUUGCCAGAGGGGAGGGCCCUGGCUCCCCCGCUGGUGGGCUGGGCGCCCUCCUGGAUGUGACCAAGCUAUCCCCAGAAAAGAAACCCACGAGGGGACGCCUGCCUUCCAAGACUAAGAAGGAAUUCGUCUGCAAGUUCUGUGGCCGUCACUUCACUAAGUCCUAUAACCUACUCAUUCACGAGCGGACGCACACAGAUGAGCGGCCAUACACCUGUGACAUCUGCCACAAAGCCUUCCGGAGGCAAGACCACCUACGGGACCACAGAUAUAUUCACUCCAAAGAGAAGCCUUUCAAGUGUCAAGAGUGUGGAAAAGGAUUCUGCCAGUCCCGGACUCUCGCUGUCCACAAGACUCUACACUCACAAGUGAAGGAGCUCAAAACCUCCAAGAUCAAAUGCUAAACAAACAGAGCCUGCGGGGCACCAGGACCCUGGGUCGAGCUGCUGCCUUCUUUUCCAGAGGAACCCAAGCUGGAGGCGACUCUGAGGGGCAGCGGGAGGGGCUUUGGGGAUUUUUUUUUUUUCACCAACUAUGUCCCUUGGGUCCCUAGCGCUUGCGGCGCUCCAGAGCCUUGCCCGGGGCCGUGACUCCUACAGCCUGGGCGGCUCCCCCAGGACGCGGCUAAACUCUUGGCCAAAAGGCGGCACUUAACUCACGUGGCGGAAGGGAAACUGCAUUUAAAAAAAAGAAGACGAAGAAGAAGAAAGAAAGAAAGGAAAAAAGGGAAUGAAAACUCCGCCUAGCCGCAGUGGCGCCUUUCCCAGAAGUAUUACUUUUUCUAUUGUUAUUUUAUACGUUUUCUUUAUUUUCCUCCCCUUUGACCAUAUAAGCUUGUAAAGUCUUGACUGCGAAGAGGGGGAAAAGAAAAGAUCUGCGCGCCCAGGCAAUUUCUAGUCCCUCCUCCCUUUCCCAUCUCCACGUGGGAAGCCUGCGAAAGUGUAAUCCGUGUAUCUGCUUUUGUCACCGGCCCCAGGGGCUGCUGGCUCCCUGCGACUCCCGGGCGUUCCAGCUGCGCCGCUGACCUCCCGCUCCGGGCGGGCUAAGGACCAGGCGCUCCGGGCUGGCGGGACCGAGCCUCCGCUCCCCUGCUCCAUCGCUGAGCGCGAGCGAGCAGCCGGCCAGGAGCCGGGCGUUGUAUUGCGACUGGCACUUUAUGCUGACCAUCGGUAACGGACAUUUAUCACUGGAUUUUUUUUAACUAUUAAAUAAACGGU